CCUUUUCUUUUGUGUCAGAAAUGAUUAAAAGUGUGUCGUCUUAGCCUUAAAAUCAGCUGUUUUGCAUAACAUUGCGAAUCCGGUUGAUUUGCUCCAAACAAAACAAAACCAGGACCAUGCUAAAAACCGCUGUUAGCCGCUUAUUACAAAUAAAUUCAGUGAAAUGUGGUGGCCGGGCGUGUUCGGUUCGCAAUAUCAACCUGAUUCCCAUGGUAGUUGAGCAAACUGGCCGCGGUGAAAGGGCCUACGACAUAUUCUCGCGCCUUCUUAAGGAGCGAAUUAUCUGCUUGAUGGGCAAUAUUACCGAUGACAUCAGUUCGACCGUAGUGGCCCAAUUGCUAUUUCUGCAAUCGGAGAAUGUCAACAAGCCGAUCCACCUGUAUAUCAAUUCCCCGGGUGGCGUUGUAACCGCUGGCCUGGCAAUCUACGAUACGAUGCAGUACGUCAAGCCACCGAUAGCCACGUGGUGCGUGGGGCAGGCCUGCUCAAUGGGAUCCCUCCUUUUGGCAGCCGGUGCUCCGGGAAUGCGAUACUCCUUGCCCAACGCUCGGAUCAUGAUACACCAACCCUCUGGUGGCGCACAAGGUCAAGCCACAGACAUCCUAAUACACGCAGAGGAAAUAAUAAAAAUUAAGCGUCAGCUUACCAACAUUUAUGUGAAGCAUGCCAAUAACUCCUAUGACGAGAUGUGCGGACGUAUGGAACGAGACCACUUUAUGACCCCCGAAGAGGCUAAGGUUUUGGGUAUUAUAGACCAUGUCCUUGAGCAUCCGCCAGAGACGGUUUCCGAAACCGGACCGGCAUCAGAUGGUGGCGUUACGUCUGGCAAAUCCAUGCCAGAAGAGACGGAGAAGAAGCGAAGCAAACAGGCGGCCUAAUAUUCAAUCAAGUGCAUAAACCAAAAUUCAAAUUUAAGCUUAAAAAGAUUUGGAGCCUUUAGUUUGCGAUAAAAUGUACAUUUUCCAAUUAAAUCAAGGGAGAAAACCA